CCCCGAACAGGAAAAUGAGGAGCUGAGGGUGAUCAUUAGGAAGAUCUGGAAAAGAAUGAAGCCAAAGCUUCUGGACGAAGUCAUACCACCACAUGAAGAAGAGGAAGUGACUGUCGGGAAGUUUUAUGCAACAUUCCUGAUCCAGGAUUAUUUCAGGAAGUUCAGGAAGAGGAAAGAGAGGGGUGCUCUGACUGGAGAGUCUGACUCCACCAACCAGUCUGCUGUCCAGCUCUGUAAAGCGGGUCUGAAGACUCUGCAGGAUCUGGGUCCAGAGAUGCGUCUGGCUCUGAACGAAGAUCUGGAGGAGGAGGAGGAGGCCAUGAUGGAGGAGGAAGAAGAGGAGAACAAUGCUCAUAAGGUGCAUGUGGAGUCUUCAACAGCUGAAGUUUGA